AUGAGGGGCCAGGUCGUCGUCUCGGGAGUUCUUGUGCUGGUUUGGGUCGUCUCGCUCUGCGGCCGAGCAGCCGCGUGCGCGGAGGUGGAGAGGGAGGCGUUGCUGUCCUUCCUCGCCGCGGCCUCGCAGCGGGCAGGGGAUGGCAUCGUCGCCGGGUGGCGUGGUGGGUCGCCCGACUGCUGCACGUGGGACGGCGUGGGGUGCGGCGGCGACGGGGCGGUCACGCAUCUGUGGCUGCCCGGACGCGGCCUCGGCGGCACGAUCUCGCCGGCGAUAGCCAACCUCACCGUGCUCACGUAUCUCAAUCUGUCAGGCAACGGCCUCACCGGCCAGUUCCCCGAGGCGCUGUUCGUCCUGCCAAAUGUCACCGUCGUCGACGUCAGCUACAACCGCCUCUCCGGCGAGCUGCCUAACGUGGUGGCGGCGACCGCACGCGGCGGCCUCUCGCUUCAGGUGCUCGACGUGUCGAGCAACCUCUUGGCGGGGCAGUUCCCGUCGGCGAUCUGGGAGCACACGCCACGCCUCGUGUCUCUGAAUGCGAGCAACAACAGCUUCCAUGGUUCGAUCCCAUCCUUGUGCGUGAGCUGCCCGGCGCUGGCCGUUCUUGACCUCUCCGUCAACGUGCUCAGCGGGGUCAUCUCCCCCGGGUUUGGCAACUGCUCGCGGCUGCGCGUUCUCAGCGCUGGCCGUAACAAUCUCAGCGGCGAGCUCCCCGGCGACAUGUUCGACGUGAAGACACUGCAACAUCUGCAACUCCCGUCCAAUCGGAUAGAAGGCUCGCUUGAUCCAGAGCGGAUCUCGAAGCUCAUCAAUCUGGUCACGCUUGAUGUAAGCUACAAUUUGCUCACCGGCGAACUGCCGGAUUCGAUCAGCCGGAUCUCAAAGCUGGAGGAGCUCCGGGUAGCUAAUAACAACUUCACCGGAACGCUCCCGUCGGCGUUGAGCAACUGGACCAGCCUCCGGUACAUCGACCUCCGGUCGAACAGCUUCGUCGGGGACCUCACGGGCGUUGACUUCUCCGGCCUCACCAACCUCACCGUCUUCGACGCGGCAGCCAACAACUUCACCGGAACCAUGCCGCCGACCAUCUACACUUGCACGGCGAUGAAGGCGCUGCGCGUCAGCCGCAACGUCAUGGGCGGGCAGGUCGCGCCGGAGAUCGGCAACCUGAAAGAGCUCCAGUUCUUCUCGUUGACCAUCAACUCCUUCGUCAACAUCAGCGGCAUGUUCUGGAACCUCAGGGGAUGCACGAGCCUCAACGCGAUGCUCAUGUCGUACAACUUCCGCGGCGAGGCGCUGCCGGACUUCGGCUGGGUCGGCGACCACAUCAAGAACGUCCGGGUCAUUGUGAUGGAGAAAAGCGCGCUGACGGGCACGAUCCCGGCGUGGCUGUCGAAGUUGCAGGACCUCAACAUCUUGAAUCUCUCCGGCAACCGCCUCACCGGCCCGAUCCCCAGCUGGCUCGGUGCCAUGCCGAAGCUGUACUACAUAGACCUGUCGGGGAACAUGCUUUCCGGGGAGAUACCGCCGUCUCUGAUGGCGAUGCGGCUGCUGACGUCCGAGCAGGCCAUGGCAGAGUUCAAUCCCGGCCAUCUCAUACUCGCGUUCGCACUCAAUCCGGACAACGGGGCGGCGAACCGGCAGGGCCGCGGGUACUACCAGCUGUCAGGCGUCGCCUUUACGCUCAAUUUCAGUGACAACGGCAUCACCGGCACGAUCUCGCCGGAGGUAGGGAAGCUGAAGACACUGCAGGUGCUCGACGUCAGUUACAACAACCUGUCCGGCGGCAUCCCUCCGGAGCUGGGCAGCCUUUCCAGGCUGGAGAUUCUCGACUUGCGGUGGAACCGCCUGACGGGGACGAUCCCUCCUGCACUCAAGGGGCUAAACUUCCUCGCCGUCUUCAAUGUCGCACACAACGACCUCGAGGGGCCGAUCCCGACGGGCGGCCAGUUCGACGCGUUCCCGCCGAAGAGCUUCAGCGAGAACCCAAAACUGUGCGGCCAGGUGAUCUCUGUUUCCUGUGGCAAUAGAAUCAACUCGAGUGACGACGCUUCGUCCGAGGUCGGGAGGAAUGUCCUGAUCGCCAUCGUUCUUGGAGUUUGCUUUGGCCUUGUUGCCCUCAUCGUCUUCCUCGGAUGCGUUGUGAUCGCCGUAAGAAGAGUCGUGUGCAAUGGGGCGGUCCAUGACAGCGGGAAAGAACUGGAGGCGUCCGUGUUCGAUUCCAUGUCGGAGCUGUACGGUGACUGCUCCAAGGACACGAUCUUGUUCAUGUCGGAGGCCGCCGGCGAGGCAGCGAAGAGGUUGACGUUCGCGGACAUCCUUAAGGCGACCAACAACUUCAGCCCUCCGAACAUCAUUGGGUCGGGCGGGUACGGUCUGGUGUUCCUCGCGGAGCUGCAGGACGGCACCAGGCUCGCCGUGAAGAAGCUCAACGGCGACAUGUGCCUUGUCGAGCGGGAGUUCCAGGCGGAGGUGGAGGCGCUGUCAGCGACGCGCCACGAGAACCUCGUCCCGCUGCUGGGCUUCUGCAUCCGCGGGCGGCUGCGGCUUCUGAUCUACCCGUACAUGGCGAACGGAAGCCUCCACGAAUGGCUGCACGAACGUCGUGCCGGCGACGCGGGGGCGGGCGCGGCGCCGCUGCUUCUGGACUGGCGCGCCAGGCUCAACAUGGCGCGCGGCACCAGCCGCGGCGUGCUCUACAUCCACGAGCAGUGCAAGCCCCAGAUCGUGCACCGUGACAUCAAGUCGAGCAACAUCCUCCUCGACGAGGCCGGCGAGGCUCGCGUCGCCGACUUCGGGCUGGCGCGCCUCAUCCUCCCCGACCAGACCCACGUCACCACGGAGCUGGUCGGCACGCCGGGGUACAUCCCGCCGGAGUACGGCCAGGCGUGGGUGGCGACGCUGCGCGGUGACGUGUACAGCUUCGGCGUCGUGCUGCUGGAGCUGCUCACGGGGAGGCGGCCCGUCGAGGAGGCGGCGCCGCCGCACGGGCACCAGCGGGAGCUCGUCCGGUGGGUGCUCCAGAUGCGGUCGCAGGGGAGGCACACCGAGGUGCUCGACCCGCAGCUGAGGGGCAGAGGCAACGAGGAGCAGCAGAUGCUGUACGCGCUCGACCUCGCCUGCCUCUGCGUCGACUCGGUGCCGUGCCGCCGGCCGGCGAUACAGGAUGUGGUCAGCUGGCUCGACAACGUCGACAGCGUCGGCUGAUCCAACGCGUGAGCCCUCCUUGCCAAACCUGCUCUGCGAAAUGGAGCGUCCUGUAAAUGCGAAAAAAUGGGAGUAAUCUCAUUCGAAUUUAGCCAUUAGCAGCAAUCGAAGAUGUAAACAGAACACCCUGAAAUUACGUAUUUCUGAUCACUGAGUUGCCUGAUCAUGAUGUAUAUAGUUGUCUACAAGCAUCGAGAUGCGCACGAAUGGGAGAUGAUUUCACGAAUUGUACGCUCUGAUUCAAAUUGUGAAUAGUGGAACAAUUCCAGAUUAUGUUCUCUCUCUUUUUUUUAA